GUGUAGCAGAUAAAUAGUAAAUAAUGCCAUCUUCCUACAGUCUGUCUGUGGUUCGUUGUUAUGACAGUUGCGGAGUGGGAACUGUAAGUUAUGGUCGGUGGUCAUGAAUAGACGAGUGAAACGAGAUAGUCUUAAAUUUAGGAAGAGGGACGAUGAAUAGCAUGCUUGUUACGGUUGCUAAUAAACACCUGUUUCAUUUAUAGUGAUCAAAUACUAUGUCGUCCGAUUCAUUUAGUGAGCAUGGGAAGUCAGCAACCGAGAUUAUACAACAGAUUAACGCAAAAAAUACAAAAAUACUUGCGUGUAUUCUCGUUAUUGGAUUCAUUGUGUAUCACGGUUUACUGCAUUGGAGAUACGGAAUUGAUUCCUGCAAGUGGCUUCUUUCUGAUGGUAGAUUUAAGGGUAACCAGGAGUGGCAGCCAUAUGGUUGCAUGAUGCACCAUUACAGUCAGACGGAUACAAGACGUUGUUUGAGAUAUUUAGCAUUCUGGGGUGAACAUAGCCAUUUUGUAUUUAUCGGUGAUUCUAGAAUUCGCCAGUUGUAUCUAGCAUUCUUGGAACAAGUUGAGCCACAAGAUUCUUCGCGGACAACUCUUCAUCCUGAACAAAUGCAUUCUGAUAUGGCUUUCACUGAUGCAAAGUUAAGACUGCGGGUGGAAUUUGUUUGGAGCACUUUUGUUUCUCAGAUCAUGGUAGAUGAAUUUCGCAAGUGGAAGGAUGAAGAUGAUCCACCAAAUGUGAUUGUUGCUGGCAAUGCCUUAUGGUCAAUUAGAGCAUCUAAUGCAUCUGUUCAGGCAUUAGAAGAGUAUAAAAAUAAUUUAACUUAUCUCGCACAGGCAAUAAACACACUGUCGGAUAAGACAAAGACUCAAGUUCUGUGGGUUCUCCAGGCACCUGUAAAUGCUGAGAAACUUCAGCCACAUAGGUCCAUGAUAACAAAUGAACAAAUUGAACUCUAUAACAAGGCUGCUUCUCAGAUUCUAUUACACAGCAGAGCCCUGCUUUGGUCUAGUACAAAACUUGUCGCACAAGGAAGUCCUGAUGAAACUACUGAUGGGAUUCAUCUUGGACCAACAGCUCUGAAAUAUGAUACUCAGAUGCUGCUGAACAUGUACUGCAACGAUCAUAUGAACUUCAAUGAUGGGAGCUGUUGCAGUAGUGCUGAGCCAUACACUACGCUGCAGGUUGUUACAUUUUCCGUUUUAGGUGUUUGUUUCAUUAUUGGUGUGGGAUUAAUGACACGUCGGUGGCUGCGUCAGUUGAAAAGUUCACCACCAGUUACUUACACUCCGCUAAAUGAACAGAGUGCAAAAGUUGCUGCCGCUGAAUCUGAUUUGUACGUAAUAGUCACAUCACUUGCACGCAUGGGGAUUAUUAUGGCAUAUUUUUUUCUUUGUGACAGGACAAAUUUUUUUAUGAAGGAAAACAAAUAUUUCUCACAGCUAAGCUUUUGGCUCCCAUUUGGUUAUGUGUUUACACUGGGUUUGUUUUUCACAGAAGACAGCCAAUAUACUAAAGUUCUUCAUCGGGAUCAGACAGAUGAAUGGAAAGGAUGGAUGCAGUUGGUGAUACUUAUUUAUCACAUGACAGGUGCAAGUCGUAUAUUACCAAUAUAUAUGCACAUUCGUGUCCUUGUUUCUGCCUAUCUGUUUCUAUCUGGAUAUGGUCAUUUUUGUUACUUUUGGCAAAGAGGGGAUGCAGGAAUAGUACGCUUUUUCCAGGUACUGUUUCGACUCAACUUCAUGACUGUGAUGCUUUGUCUCUGUAUGAACAGGCCAUACCAGUUCUACUACUUUGUGCCUUUAAUUUCAUUCUGGUUUCUAAUGGCUUAUUUGGUACUGGCUCUGCCACCCCAAAUAACAGCUGCUUCAUCUGAAACAAAUCCCCUUCAUUAUUUGUAUUUGGUUCUGAAGAUGGUGGGUCUUUUUACUGUUAUCACAGUACUCUAUAUGUCAGAGGUUUUCUUUGAAAAGGUAUUUGUUACACGCCCAUGGAAAGCCUUAUUUGUUACAACAGAUGAUGAUAUUCAUGAAUGGUGGUUUCGUUGGAAGCUGGACCGAUACAGCAUAUCAUAUGGAAUGGUAUUUGCUGCAGCGUAUAUGCUGUCACAACGGUACAAUUUGUUGGAUGACAACAAUCAUAGCAAUCUCUUCUCUCGGGGAAUAUCUCUGUCAGCAACUCUUGGUGCUGUAAUUGGACUUGGAAGUUAUGCUUGUUUCUCAUUUUUGUGUCGAAACAAGCAAGAAUGCAAUGAAAUACAUUCCUACACAGUGUUUGUGCCCAUUGUGAGCUACAUAGUGCUUCGUAACAUAUCUGGUGCUCUGCGCACUCGCUACUCAAGUUUGUUUGCUUGGUUUGGACGUAUUUCUUUGGAGCUGUUUAUUAGCCAGUAUCAUAUAUGGUUGGCAGCAGAUACACAUGGUGUGCUUGUACUUUUACCUGGAUAUCCUGUACUUAAUUUAAUCAUUACUUCAUUUAUCUUUGUAUGUGCGGCUCAUGAAGUGAAUGUAUUGACUCGUGUGUUGACACCCUAUGCUGUACCUGCCGACUGGCGUCUCGUAUUGCGAAAUGUGUUGCUCUUUCUUGCUGUGCUUGUUCCAAUAGGAAUUCAUGAUGGAAUGUUUUGAAUCUGUAUUUACUGUGUAAUUGAUGAAUAUUGUGAUAUUUCAGUAAUUCUCAGGAAGACUGCUGUAUUUUUGUGUUCAUAAAUUUGUAUUAGAUAUCACAGAUUCUUUGUCUUGAUAAAAGUUCACUUGUGUGGAGGAGUGUAAAUAUGUUUUAAAAUUUCAUAUGAAAUUUAUCAUAUGCUAUCAAAUGGGCAGCUUUUACAAUAUCCUUACUGUUUUAACAUGGAUUAAACAUGUAAAAAUAAAAAUGGCAACAAAAAAGGAGGAUUGGAAAGUGCUCCGUGAUAGUAGGAAAAUAUGAAAUUCCCUGCCAUUUCAUUGUUGUUAGGACCAUUUUUCUAUGUGAUAAUGUGGCUCGUCGUGUGUAAUUUGGUUCAGAGCAGUGUGAAUAUUUACCAAUUUUAUAUAUGGGUUUAGUGUACUUAACAGCUUAGUCCUUAUCAUUGUCAGAUUGUAUAUGAUAAUAUUAUGAAAAGGAUAGAUUGCUACUCACCAUGUAGUGGAGGUGCUGAGCCACAGAUAGGCACAACAAAGACUGUCAAACGUUGUGUGUGUGUGUGUGUGUGUGUGUGUGUGUGUGUGUGUGUGUGUGUCUAAUUCCAGUGAAGACCUUUUCAGACAAAAUCUUUCUUGUUUGACAGUCUUUUGUUGUGCCUACCUGCGACUCAUCAUCUCCGCUGCAUGGGAAGUAGCAAUCUAUCCUUUACAUAAUAUUAUCAUUAUUAACAUCUUGGGUUUUCCAUUGUUAGAUUAUACAAAUAUUAAAGUAGUUACUGAGACUACCUUGCUACACUGUGCUUCUUUUACUAAUUAAUUUGAAGUGUAAUUUUCUUACUCGGUGUGUGUUAUAUGCCUCUACUGUGAUUUUGUCAUGCAGUAUUUACAUUUAUUAUUUGCGUAGUACAUGCAAACACUUGUGAUAAUAGUGAAAUGAGAUACGCAAUUGCAGAAAUGUUAAAUGGACAAAGGUUAUGGAAGGGGGAAAAUGCACUUCUGAAUUGUUCAAAUUUAGAAAGAGCUUACAAAUUUGAAAACUGCUGUAAGCAAAAGUUCUUUUUAACAUUCUUUCACUUUCUGCAGUGCACAAUCGAGACUUGUAUACCUUAAAAAAAAUCUUUCUACUCCUCUAUGUUGAAAUGUCUGAGCAGCAAAGUGUGACUUUUGGGUGACUUGGUGCUUCAUUCUGAACCUCAUGUUGUGUUGCCUUGCAAACUGGUACAUACGUAGCAUAUUUUAUGAAGACACAAUACUAAUUUUUGUCUUCUCUUCAUUUUUGUAUUCACUUACUUGCAUUUAGAAUACUGAUUACCUUCACCAGUAUUGUCUCUGAAAGCUAGGCAGGAUCAGAAUAAGAGUUGCUCAACAUCUGCAAUAAUCAUUUCUGUAUAAUAAUCAGUUAUUCACUAAAAUAAGAACACUUCAGUUGCAUGGAACUGUACGUAAAAGCUUUAAAUAAAGUUUCCUUUACAUGUUUCUGGAUAGCUAAAUCCAAGCAACAGAUUUUUCAACAUAUACAAACCAAGAACAUUAUGUAUAUAUGGGUGAAUAACUGCUUAUCUCAGUGUCCUGAAGAUGAAGUGGGACCAAAUGAAAUAAAUUUGACUAGAACAGUGAAAGUUUUCUAAUCAUUUGGAUGAAAGUUGACAGGAUUGCAGCUGAUAAAGCAGAUGAUGUUUUAAAUAGAAAAUAAAGUAAAAUUUUCAGCUGUUCAAACACACUGAAUCUCAGACUCUCUUCUCAAGAGAGAACGAAAUAACAAUAUAUUAGAUGAGCUAAAUAUGAUAGCGUAAAGACUGCUGAAAGACUUGUAAGUUAAGAUACAUUUUCUUCUUUACCAAUUCUGAAUAAACAUCAGUUCUGAUCCUUUUUGCAUUGCGAUCAUCCCAUACACUUGAGCUGGAUUCUGUUUUCAUCACAAUUUAUUCCACUGUGACAUAGUUUGUGACAUUUUGUUAAAUUCAGUUUGAAAUGUAACAUACUCAUUAUUCAUAAGUAUUUGCUCAAGUUUGUUCAUUAUGUUGUUUCUGCAGUAUUUUCUUAUUUUGAUUCAUUAUUGCAUUUUUGGCUCUUCCUGCCUCCCUCAUUAUAAUUACAUUGGUUGUCAUAGCCCUUUACACACAUAAGAUACAAACACCCUUUUAUUUUUAUUGUCAGUUUUCAAUGUCAUUUCCUUCAUCAUUAUUGGUACUCCUUAUUCUGACAGCUGUCGAUUCAGUGUGUAUUGUAUGCUGAAAAGGUGUAUGUAUCCCGUAUUGGUUGCAUAACACACCCCCGUGCAAGUGCGCGCACAUGUGUGUGUGUGUGUGUGUGUGUGUGUGUGUGUGUGUGUGUGUGUGUGUGUGUGUGAAAGAGAGAGAGAGAGAGAGAGAGAUAGCUACAUAAUCCAGACAUGAAAAACACAGAAUUAAUGGAGAAGUUAUUAGUGAUAUAAGCUAAAAAUAAGCAAUGUAUGUUCUUUAUAAACAAGGAAAACUAUUAUCACUUAUCUUACAACUUUCUAAAGUGAGAGUAAACACAAUCAGUGAUACAGUAUCUCUUUUUUUUUUUAAUUUUGUCUUUACCUUAAUAUUGUAGUAUCACAUUGUUUUGCUUUAGAAAAGAUUAAUGCCAAUUUAUCAAGGUCUUAUACAUGAAUGAUUGUUUCAUUUGACAGAUUAGAGUUUCUGGAACGCUCUGUAGAGUUUUUUUCAAUUAUAUGUGCUUUAUAGUUACCAUAUCUUAUUCAUAAAAGACAGUGUUCCUAUCACCCCAUUCUGAAUUGUAGUGCCAUUUAAGCAUAGAAAAAGAUCUUUUUUUCUGUUUACUCUAUCACCAGUUUUAUUGGUACAGUGUUGUUUCAUUAAUGCUGUAAAUAAUAAAGAUACAUAUGUCCACUCGUUAGCAUUGUGUAAACACACUCUGGAGCUCAUGUAGGUAUUCAGUACUGCAUACCUGAGCAAACUCGUAGAUGUAACAGCAAGAAGAGAUUUGUAAAUGUUUUGUGAUUAGUGUUUGUGAACAGAUAAUAGUUUUUUCUAUCGAUAAAAUGUUGUGCUUUAUAAUAUGCAAAAUAUCAUGUUGUUUAUAUUUGUUGAUUUUACCCUUUUAUACAUAAAAGAAAACAAUGUACUAAAUGUUUUUGUACAUGCUUGUGGAAAAUAUAAAAAGAUAAAAUGAUCAAUAGUUUAAUAAAUUGACAAAAAUUGUGAUUUAAUCUGUUUUAUGUAAAUAACUAAAAAGAAAGCCUUACACAAUGUAACUUUUAACAAGUAGUUCUAUUUCUUAAAUUAUAAUUUAAGUAAUGUUUAUGGCACAUCAAAGAUGCACACUUAAAUUUCACUAAUUUUAAUUGUCAUCUGAGACCGUUCCAGAAAGCCACAUGCACAAUAUUGUUUGCAUAUGUAUUUGGAUUUGAUUGGCACUGUACCCAUGCGAUUAAGAUUUUUCAAUACACCUUGAAACAAAUCCAUUAAAAUGCCAGGAAUAAUUCUUAUAACAUUCUUGCAGAAAACUACCUCUCCAAUGACUGUGAUAUCAAUUGGGCAUACUAUGUACUUGAAUGAUAAUAAUAAUAAUAAUAAUAAUAAUAAUAAUAAUAAUAAUAAUAAAAACAAUUCAGAGUAUUUGAUACAAAAGGAGAUACUUACAAAACAUUUAUUUGUUUAUGUAUAUUCCCUGCAGCAGAAGGCAAACACUACAUUAAGUUCCUGAUUAGGUUUUGUUAAAAGAUAGAAAAAUACAUUAACACCUAGAUGUCUGUUCAAUCACUUAUUAACAAUAUGAGUAAGUUAGUGAACCAAUCAUGAUCCACAUUAUAUAAUGCAGUAUGUACAGAAAUAUUAAUAACAAUGUGAUACAUAGUUAAUAUGUGUCCCCCUAAUGCAAUCAUUUAUUAUUUAUCAUGAAAUAAAUAUAUUUGUUACCGUCAGAAUGAAAUUUAUUUAUCAAGUGAUGUUCAUAAAUUGAUUAGGUAUCUUUGAAUAUAGUUAUGAAAAGUCCUUGGGGGAAUAUGAUACAUAGUGGAAGAAGGAAAGAUGACAACUUAGCAUACACUUCAAUUGUCAGCAGGCACAUAAACAACCAAAUGCAUGGACCAAAUAAGUAAAUAUGUCUAUAUUUAUGUGUCAUAAUCUAUGUAUGUAUUAGUUAAUAUUGUCUGUAUUUUUGUAUAUAAACAUAUCCAUUGCAUAUUUUAUCAUUUUUUGCAUAAUGUGUGCAGAAUUUUUGUGAUAUCUGCAUUGAUUAGACAUUUACUUUCAUUGUUGCAAAUACUGAACAUGGUGUUGAUGUUGUCGUGAGUGUGCUUCCUUUGUGUAAUUUUUUUUUUUUAUUUUGUAUUUAUUAUUUCCUUCUUGUCAGCCCCAUAUAUUUGUGAUGACGCAAUCUAAGAUGAAUGGGUUUCUAUCAGUCAAUCAAUAAACAUCAUGUACUGACAUUGCACCUCAACUGGGCUGCAGUACUGAUAAAGUGGAGGUAGGUGUGUGUGUGUGUGUGUGUGUGUGUGUGUGUGUGUGUGUGUGUGUGUGUGUGUGAGAGAUAUUUAUUUUUCUGUACUAGUUAGCUCUGAAGAAGCACCUCAUCUGAAAGCUUGGCAAAGCACGUUCAUAAAUCAGCCUUCAGCUCCUGCACUACUGUGAAAUUGAAAUUUUGUCAGUAUUAAAAUGCAGUGGUUUGAGUAACAACUUUAUUUUUUGUAUCUUUCGUACAGUUUUCUAAAUUUUAUUUCAAAUUUAAAUAGUAAAGAAUAUCUUGAAUUUUCUUAAAGUACAUUUCAAAGAUAAUAAAAUCAAAGACAUGUCACAGUUUUAA